UGUAGUGGUUUGUUUACUUUUGCAUUUCCAUUCACUUAAAUUCUAAGCUCUGCCAUGUCGGAGGACAACAACUCAGGCAAGGAUUACACAUUAGAGGCAGACUCAGAGCUGCGUUUUGAAAUCGAACAGAAAGAUGCCAAGGUGACAGUGACGCUUGUCAGUGGCUUUGCGGAGCUAUUUGGCACCGAGUUGGUAAAGAAAAAGAAGUACGAGUUCGGCGUCGGCGCUAAAGUGGCCAUAUUUACAUAUCAAGGAUGUGUACUGCAUGCGACUGGCAAAAUGGAUGUGUGUUACAUAUCCAAAGAGACACCAAUGGUGCAGUAUGUGAACUGCCAUGCUGCACUGGAACAGUUUCGCAUGGAGGCCGAGGAGCAAGAUAGGCGUGGUCCAGUGGUUAUGGUUGUUGGACCAAUGGAUGUGGGCAAGAGCACAUUGUGUCGCAUUUUGUUAAACUAUGCAGUGCGUGUGGGCAGACGACCGCUGUACGCUGAUCUUGAUGUGGGCCAAGGAUCCAUAUCUAUACCAGGCAAUAUAGCCACUAUACUUAUCGAGCGACCCGCCAAUAUUGAGGAAGGAUUUGCCAAAACAGCACCAUUAGUUUAUCAUUUUGGGCACAAGUCGCCAAGCGCCAAUAGCGUGCUCUACAAUGCUGUUGUCUCAAAAAUGGCAGAGGUAACGCUGCAAUCGCUGGACGCCAACAAGCGCACGAAAAGCUCUGGUAUUGUUGUCAACACUUGCGGUUGGGUAAAGGGCUCCGGCUAUGCGCAUCUAUUGCAUGCAUCUCGGGCUUACCGCGCACGUGCUAUCUUUGUGCUGGACCAGGAACGUCUAUACAAUGAUCUGCUGCGCGAUGUGUCUUCCAACGUGCACGUGGUGCUGUUGCCCAAAAGCGGUGGCGUGGUGGAACGCACCAAAGAGUUGCGUCAUGAAUCACGCGAGCAGCGCAUUAAGGAAUAUUUCUAUGGCAAUGCACGCACACCGUUUUAUCCGUUCUCGUUUGAAGUCAAGUUUCAGGAUCUGCGUCUCUACAAAAUCGGAGCUCCACCGUUGCCCGACUCAUGCAUGCCCAUUGGCAUGAAGGCAGAGGAUAACAAGAAGAAGGUAGUGGCCGUAACACCCACACAAGCUCUGCUGCAUCACGUACUUACGCUGACGUUUGCGGAGUCCACCGACGAUGAUGUCAUAGGCACAAACGUGGCGGGUUUCUGUUGCGUCACUGAUGUAGACAUGGAGCGUCAAUCUGCAAUGCUGCUCUCCCCACAGCCCCGACCAUUGCCUCCAAAUGCACUACUGUUGUGGUCUGAGCUGCAGUUUAUGGAUAAUCAUGCCUAAUUAAUGUAUAAAUGCUAAUAAAGAUUAUAUAAACAUAAGUUACAUUUUGAAAACUUUUCAUAUUUAUAUUUAUUGUUUAAUACAUUUGUUUACAUA